UAUGAAGCACUGGGAAGUCAGUAAAGCAGAGUAAUGAUAGCGAUAUUCUAAGUCCAUUUACAUGAUUGAUUUUCCUGUCUGUGGAAUUAAGGACGUGUAUAUCAACAGUACAUGAAUUGAAUGAAGCAUUAAAGAGUGAAUGGUUGAUCAAGGUUCGAUAAACUCGAUAUGUCACUUCAAAAAGAUGCAACAUUGAAUCUGAACAUUUAGGAAAAGAAGAAAACAAAACUUGCCAUUUGGAAUUACUAGAAGCCACACUAAAGAUGAAAAUCCUAAUCUCAACACUAUAUCUAUGAAUCGUCAUUGAAAAUGCCAUCAAGAAUAUGCUACCUUAAUCUGACAAUACUGUGUUUAUUCUUAUCAUUUGGUGCGCAGCUGAUUGGGUUUUCUGUCCCAGGAUGGCUCCAUAUCAUUAUUUAUCCAUCUCAAUAUACUAAUGAAAAUACAGUAAGUCAAAACUUUGCUCUGUGGUAUGCUGUUAUAUGUUGGGAUGGAAUGUGCCGUACAAAAUCUUACACGCAGUUAAAGGAAGAUAGAAUUGACGUAGCUGAUGACAAAUACGGGUUUCACCACACCCAAGACCUCCCAGAUUAUGACUUCACGGCAAGAUAUUCACGAUUUCAGUUUUCAAGGCUUCUUGAAUUCCAGAUUGAAGCAGUUUGUGCUUUGGUGAUUGUACUGCUAGGGCUUAUUCUUAUGAGAACGCAGAAGAAAAGGCUUUUGCAUUACAUGUCAGGAAAACGUGAAGAAGAACCAAAACAGUCCACAUAUUGUAUGGUAUUCUGUUAUGCAGUUGUUUCAGGUGGUCUUAUUCUGGUUCCAGCCUCCCAGUUUAUAGGUGUCAAUGAAGACCUUGUUACUGAUAACUUUAAACUUGGAAUGCCAUAUGCACUUAUCUGUUCCGGGUCGGGCGGACUUUUGGCGCUUUUUUCGUGUUUACUUAUAGUUAGAACAAUGUGUAAGUCGGUGACAACGAGUGAUAUUUAUAACAGCGAAAGUAAUGGUGAAGGUUUGAACGAUACUACAAAUGUAGGUCACCAACUUGUCCCUCUUGUACCGCUUGAGACUCAAUCGUCCGGUAUGGGAUAUGUUGAUCCAGUUGUACCUGGAUAUGAGCCAUCUUAUGGCAACGUAUCCAGCAGGACAAUUGUAACAAUAUCGAAUUCAGAGGAAAGAAAUGGAAGCCGAUAUACAGAGGGAAGAGGACGUGUUGAAAGAGAUGAAGGUGCAAUAAAUAGUCACAAUUCAGGGUAUAGUCAAAAUUAUGAACAACCGCCUCCGUCCUACGAGGAAUGUAUGAAACAUUAUUGUAACCCACCUUGGUGAAAUUAUCGAAAAUUGUCUUUCAAAAAAUGUAUUUGGUGUGUACAAUGAUUGAAAACAAUAUCCUCAUAUGUUGACACACAAAAUGUACUUAUUGUACAGAAUGUUAUUAAUUUACAAACAUUGUCUUGGUAUUCCUACCCAUAGAAAAUAGAUGAAAACAAUCUUUGAAAAUUCUAAACAGUCUUUUGUAUUCAAGAUCAAAAUCUAGUAUUCAUCAUUAAAUAGAACAAAAAAAAAGGUUUUUCUUACUGUUUGAGGAAAACAACUGUAUGUGCUAAAAAUAAAGGUGUAUCGUACUAAUAAUGUUUACCUUGGUUCAUACUUUUGGACCACGCUGCAGUCACGCCAUUUGACGUAGUUUUGAGCUUUGGACUAACUGUGGCAUCUAAAAAUGUCUUUCAAUUUAAUGCUUUAUGUUUACCAUUGAUGUGGAUAUCUGAAUCAUUUAGUUUUCAACUUUCAACAUAAUUUCGUGAGGUCAUAUUAAUUCAAUAAAACAUAAAAACGAAGUUAAAAUUGUUCUUUACCACAGUUUCCAGCUGAAACCGAAUUUAUGUAGUAUAAUAUUUGUAUUGUUGUCAGUACAUUUUUUAUCUAUAAAAGUUACUCAUUGUAGUAUAUUGAGACAAGCUGUCCAUAAUACCUCUAAAUUAUGUCCAUCCCAGAGACUUUCAUCCAUUUAUAUGCACACCUUUAUCCUAUUUAUCAAAAUGUUAUUGAUAUAGAUAUGAUGCUUGACACUAGAAACUAUAUAGUUUAUGUGAAAAAACUUCUGUGACAUAGACAACAUUUGGCAAGUUCGCAUAAAAAGUAAUGCCAACAAUACCAUUCUGUUAAAAGUUGGAAAUGUAUGAAAUUAAAUAAAAAUAUAA